CUCAGCAUCCAGCAUCGUGACUGUAGAGGUAACAUUACACAUAUCGACAUCCUUUGUACAGAUGGCUUUCGCACUUCGCUUGUUGCUCCUCGUUUGCGGAGUCAGUGGACUGUUGACUGGAGUCUGGUCAAAGAGAAACAAUCACGAGAAAAGGCACAAUUCUUGUCCUAAAGGCUGGACUCAGCUAGGCGGUCGCUGUUUCGUCUUUCAAGACCACCGCAUGGAGUUUGCAGAUGCAGAGACCAUCUGCAACAUUCUUGGUGGGAAUUUGGCCUCCUUCCACAGUGCUUCGGAAUAUGCCGUAGUUCUCGAGUUGACUCGGGCGGCCUCGGACCCAACUGUCGAUGUUUGGCUCGGACUCCACAAGACAAUCGAGGAUACCUUCUUCUGGACCGAUGGCUCAGAAUUCAAUUUCACCGCCUUUAACAAUAACAACAGCGCUGGAGAUUGCUUUGAGAUUGAACGCAGCGACGAUCUCUGGGACAACGACAACUGCGGCGACAGGAACACAUUUGUUUGUGCCAGACGCGCUGACCAAUGCAGCCACUGAUGAGUCCCCAACCGUCAUAAAAUCGAUCGUGUCUGUGUUCUUUAAAAUCUGUGCUCUCAUCGUAUUCUUUGAUUUGCUAGACGGUCUAUACUUUUUCAAACUACCGACUUAUUCAUUUAUUUAUUUGCUGUCAGUCAAAUAAGUUUGACAAAGCAGGAUAAGCAAAUGUCUGUCACACAAUAAAGCGUUUUUUUUCCCUUCUUUUUUGGGGGAGGGAUGUCGCCUUCAAUUCAUCGCUGUUCAAAAACUGAAAGAAUUCCGUUUCCCAACCCACAGUUUUAUUCAUGUGACAUUUAAAAAUUCUCACGGCAGACCCCAAAUCAAAAGAUGUCACAAAAUUAUCUAAGGUGAAAUACGGAGGAUCUUAUCUCGAAACUCACAAACUGACUUCCUCAGUGUGUCAUAACUGUAUGCCUGCAAUUACUCGUCUGUGUGUCCUCUCUCUCUCUAUCUAUACUAAAUUUUAUAACUUUGCUUCAUACUGAAUAUAAAUAUGUACACUGAAUGUGACGCUAUAUCAUGAGGUGUGAUCUUUUCUCCAAGCCCUGUAUGAGUUUUCUCUUAUUACCAUUCACAAUUUCUGAAAAUAAGUUGGGUUUUUGGUUUUU